CUGGAAGUAACUCAUUGACGCCAUCUUGAUUUGUCAAAUUUGCCGAUCAAGCCGAAGUAGCGUUACGCCGCAAAGUUUAUAUAAAUUAAUUCGUUAUUUAGUGCAGAAAACUUUUUAAAAAACCCAUAAUCAUGUCGGGUGGAAGCGGCGGCAACAGAAAUGAAUGCAGAAUAUACGUCGGAAACCUACCCCCGGACAUAAGGACAAAGGACAUUCAAGAUCUCUUUUACAAAUUCGGCAAAGUUACAUUCGUUGAUUUGAAAAAUAGAAAAGGUCCUCCAUUCGCAUUCGUGGAAUUCGAAGAUCCGAGAGACGCCGAGGACGCGGUGCGCGCCCGCGACGGCUACGACUACGACGGGUAUCGCCUGCGCGUGGAGUUCCCCCGCGGCGGCGGCGGCGGGCGCGGGCCGCGCGGGGCCGGCGCCGAGCGCUUCCCGCGCGGCGCCGGCCGCGGCCCGCCCGCGCGCCGCUCCGAGUACCGCGUGCUCGUCACUGGCCUGCCGCCUUCAGGAUCGUGGCAGGAUCUGAAAGACCACAUGCGCGAGGCCGGGGACGUGUGCUUCGCGGACACGUUCAAAGAUGGCACUGGUGUGGUCGAGUUCCUGCGCCAUGAGGAUAUGAAGUAUGCUGUUAAGAAGUUGGACGAUUCGAGGUUUAGGAGCCAUGAGGGCGAGGUUUCGUAUAUUCGAGUGAAGGAGGACUAUGGUGGUGGCGGUGCUGAUCGUUAUAGUGGCGACCGUGACAGGUCGCGCUCGUACUCCCCGCGGCGGCGCGGCUCGCCCACGUACUCGCCGGUGCGGCGCUCCUACUCGCGCUCGCGCAGCCGCGACCGCUCCCCGCGCGCCGCCCGCGAGCGCUCCCCGCCCGCCGCCUCCGCCCGCGACCGCGACUACUGAGCGCUCCCCGAGACAGGUGCCUGACCUUGUUGAUGUGUCGGCGGCGGCGGCGGCGCGGCGCGGCGCGGCGACUAGCAUAAGUGUACCCCUGUGUAGCGACCUGCCUCCUGACACGCGGACAAACAUAUUUUAUGUAUGACCAAAACUGACUGUUUGACCAAAACUUGUUUGGCUAACUGUGUAUCAAAUUUCAGGAAUGACCGACACAAAAAAAAACUUAAAGCAUUUCAAGUUUUGCGGUGUCCUAUUUUGUCUAUAAAUUAGUGAUAUCUUAAAUAGAAUGAAACAAAGCUAAUAUUAAAAAUUAAAUUGUAGAUUGUUUAGUGAAGUCAGGAGGUAUCUCGCGCGAUAUGACGAUUUGUAUGACUAAAAGCGUUUUCUUUUGUUUCAUCCACUGUGGAUUGGAUUGGCUCGGAGUUGCUUGCUGGAUGAGGGCAUAGGAUCGCGGAUAGGAUGCACUCGGCGCGGAUCUUUGGAUUUUUGGAUCGUACCGAAGGAUCGGAUCUUUGGAUUUUUUGGAUCGUACCGAAGGAUCGGAUCUAGGAUUUUUUGGAUUGUACCGAAGGAUCGGAUCUCGGAAUUUUUGGAUCGUUGCAAAGGAUUUUUGGAUCUCGGACUUGCUUAAAAACUUUCGGAUCGUGCACCGGAUCGGAUCGGAUUGGACCGGACCAGGAUCACGGAUCUUUGGGUAUGAUUUUGAAAUUUUUGCAAAUAAUUAUUUCUGUUGAGUGCACGCGGGCCGCGCGGGCGAGGGGCCCAUCUUGCUCGCUCGGGACACUAAUGGCUCAUACACACUUGGGUUCACCACAAAGUGAAUCCAAGCUAUUUGAGCCAUUAGAAUUAAUGAACGUUUUUAUAACUCGGCAGCAACCUCCAUUAUGUGACUUUGAAUAAAAAAGACUAGCAGAGCUUGUAACACAACUCUGCGAGUCUGCCACUAAAAAUCAUCCUUCAAAUAUUACAUUCAUGAAUUAUUAAUUACAAUUGUCAUUAUAAAUAAUCAUUAAAAACUAAUUUGAGUUCAUUGUGCUUAUGAAUUUUUUAACGUAGUCAUCUCUUAUUUGAUGUUUUUAAGUAAAAUUAUGUGUAACAAUGAAUUUAAGGAUAUUUAUAAGUUUUAGUUAUCCUUGCCGGCGUCACUCCAAAAUAUGUUGAUUUAAAUUAUGUGUAUAGUCAAUGUCAUCUAGCUAAUUGAUUUGUAUUUACUUUCAAUAAUUACAAGCUAUUUUGACACUUGACUAUUAGUCGCGAUAAGUUAAAAUAAAUGAAACUUAAAACUACGGUCUAAUUUUGGUGGGCGGAAUGUUCAAUUUGGUCCAAGUUUCGCCUUAACGGAUUUUGGUUAAGUCAGUUUCAAAAAUUAAAAAAUAUUGGUUUUAUUAUACAAAUUAUAUCUUAUUGCGGCUUUAGAUGUAUUAGAGAUAAUUAAGACGCAUUCCAAACAGUCUUUUGUACUGUAAAUUGUUUGAAUUGGUACUAUUGUUAGUAUUUGUUUUGGAGCGGCGCCGGCGCGAGCAUUGACUCGCAUAGCGGCGACUACAUGGAUGUUAUUAUGGGAUUUUAAACAACUACUUCUAAAUUUUUGUCAUUUUUAUCCACGUCGAAACACCACACGUGCAAAAUUUAUCCUAAAUUGUCUAUGAAACUAUUUUUUUUUUGUAUGGAAGCGCUAUAGUCACGGUAUUAGUGUGGUGCGGCUAAGAAACGGUUUCUCAAAUAUCUAACUUAAGUCUUGGUAUUCAAUUAUGUUUUUAAUAAAUGGAUAUAGUUAAGACACUUGACCGAGUUGAAUUUGAUAGUUAACAUGAUCAAAACGAUAGCUCGCAAUCAUUGAAGCAUAACUAACACAUUUUGGAACAUCACCUUUGAUGUCAAUCGCUCAAUGACCCAAUUCUCAGCUCGAUUGAGGUUCGAGGUAAUCAUUAGCCCUAACUGGGUCAGUGGCCUCAUACAAUGUUAUAUUACAGAUUCCCCGCACAGCUGUUAUAGUCAUUGUUAUUUUUAUUAUCGAUUAUAAAGUGUCGAUACUAAAUCGAUCUAAGGUCAUGAUCCAAUGUUAGCGCCUUGGCCAUUUUGAACCGCCGCCAACAAUACAUUUCCUUGGCGCCAUCGCUCUCGGGUGACAACUUGGCUAUUUUGACCGUGUCGGGACUAAUUGACGAGUGUAAUCCUAGCACAAUCGAUAUUCGAGGUCAAAUAUACGUAUUUAAUAUGAAAUACAGUUCAACAAGAUUCACUUUCAACGAGACAUCGUAAAAUCUUCAAACUUAUAUCGUCACCAAAUAGUUUUUAAUUUGCAUAUCAGUAUUAUUCAAGUAUAAAUUAUCUCAAUAAUUCUCUACUCUGAAUAUGAGUCGAGUUUUUAGGUCAAUAAUUUAGUGGUAUUUUGCAAAUAAAAUUGUAGCGUGUUUAGCUCACUAAAGUCACCCACCCGCACUCAAAUUUAAAUAGGCGAGUUUUAUAGGAUUAGAAUAGUUAGAUUAUUGUAGGUAUGGCCUAUUAGCAGAACUUUUAUUUUUUGUUUGACAUCUGAUCGGCGUGAGCAUUGAACACAUAAUGAAUAUUGUUGAAAUCCCGUAUACCAUCCUUGUAUCGCUUACCCUCGCCCUUCGCGAUUCCCUAACACUUGCUUUUCGAUGUUUCUAUACCUGUAGGCUUAGCACAAGUGCACCGCGACUUAUAGCGCGCGGGACAGACUACCCUUUCUAAGUGGAUGAUGAUUAUACCAACUACUUACUUAAAUAAAUAGAAAAUGAGCAAUCAAAAUAAAUUUGACACAAAAUAAUAAAUGAAUGAAACAUACAAAACCAAAAAGUUUCAAGUUUUUGGUUUUUUUUUUAUAUUUCUAAAAUGAUAAAAAUUCCCAUUCGAUUCCUUACAUUUUAUUCGUUUUAUUACAUUAUAAACGCAAUAUUUUACCGUCAUAAUAGCAAUUUUUUUACUUCAUUUAUUAAGAGGCCCUAAUCUUCAUUUUGUUUUCCAUCUAUCCUUUUAGUAAUGGACGGGUAGUCUACCUCGCGCGCGAUACUGUCGCGGCGCACUCGUGCUAGCCCCACAGGCCCCGAAGCGAUCGCUUCCCGCCCUAGUAGCUAACUAGCCAUAACUAGCAUGCUACGCCGAGUGUGUGACUGGUCUUUACUCUGAGCAAGCGGGAGGUAUGUUAGACGGCCGAGCGCUAGGCGAGGCCUGUUAUCACAAAUGUAUAUGUACUUGUAAUUUAGGUUCUGCAUUCCAUGUCGACACAGUUUGAUGGACUCAAUAAAUUCCUAUUCAAUA